UUUUGAUGCUGUUCAUGCAUGUCCGUUCAUUUAAAUGUAUAAGAGACCUAAAAUAACAUACAUGCAUAUAUAUAUACAACUUUAUUUAUUUUAAAUUUAAAAGCAAUUACACUCAUGUUAUGUUUACAGGUCAGUUAUACAGCAGUAUGUUGAGACACUGGGGUUUGGCUGUGUUCCUGUUGGUCGUCCCGAUCCCGGUCGAUCCCAGACCCACUAACACGCUCAGCAGACAGCGGCGUUCAGUAAGUCAUGCCCAGAUGAUGCACGACCGAAGUCGAUCCCUUCAUGACAGAAAGAGGCGUCUGUUUAUAAAUGAACUCCUGGGGCACGUCCACACAGCUCAGAUGUGGGACUCCCCCAAUCACAGUGAUGGAAACUUUCAGAACGCCCGCUGGCCCAUCGCUCAUAGGUCCAAAUAUCCCAGCAGCGCCAAAAACUACCCCUUGAGCUUUCAGCACAUGAGGACGAGAGACAUCUUACCACAAGAGACCAGCAAGACUCUUCGGUACGGGGAAUCUAAGAGGAAGAGGAAGAUCUGUUCGGAAAGAUGGAGAGACCCAGAUAGGAGAAGAGACUGGGGGUGUCAGUCUGCCUGACAGCGAUUUGAGCGAUUCAUUGGGAAUUGUUGCAACAAAGUUGAGCAAAGUUUGACUUUUUUUAGAAAUGUGAUGUGAUGCAGGAGAUCAGACAGUAAAGAUGUGAUUAGAUUUAGUUGGAUGCUGUUAUUGAUAUGAAACUGUUGCAGACAUCCAACAAAUAAAUUGCUGUCAGUGAACUCAACUUAGUUUAAUUAAAAGUCCUGGUGUUAAAAGACUUUUCACAGGCAUGUGGUCUUAUUUGAGAAUGUGUUGCUUAUAGCAGAAAGAUGAAUAAAUGAUGCUUUGGUUUAUUUUGGCUUCACUCAAUGCUUGACUCUCAUAAUCUCAGAAACACGUUUGAACUUCAUUUAAAAACAAUUUGCAUAAAAGUGUUCACUGUUUUCUUUGAAAUCAUUUAAUUGGACAUUUGAUGCGUUUAAUUUAUUUGACUGGAAUAUUUAUUCCUGAAUGUAUCUCAAUGCUGCUGAAUUUUAUAAGAUUUUCAAAUGCACUUUGGCUGGCUAUGCUCGUGUAUAUUACAAUGAUUGGUAUAAUUUUUGUGUUUACUUUGUUAUUCUUCAGCUUUUCUUUAUCUUAAUUCUUCAUGUAUGUGUCUCGUUAUUUUCAUUAAAUAAAUUAAUCAAAAAAGUUAAAAUAUGAAAACUUUUAUUUCCACCACAGGAGCUUAUCUGUCCUCGUGUUACUAC